GUAAAUGGCCUAUCAGUAGAGGAAAUGAGAGCAACAUUACAAAGAGUUGUAAGAGAAAAUCCCGAGUACCUUUUCACCAUCUUGGAGGCAUCACAACAGCCCGGAGGGAGUGGAUAUUCUCCACCUGAAGAGCAGUCAUCUUGGUGUAUAUGUACUUUCUGCAGAGAAAUGCCUGCACAGAGAGAAAGGCUGUGUUGCCAGAGAAACCAAGAUGGCUGCAUCUCAAGACUUCCUGAUUUUGAUAUCCUCAUCUUGAAUGAGGCUGUUCUUGCCUUGGCUAGGCUCUACAGACAAGACAUUUUAGCCCAACCAGAUGAUGGAGACAGAAAUAAAGCCAAUCGACACACUGCCUACCGCCAAUUCGUGCUCUGGCAUCAUGGGAGACUUGGGACAGGGGACCGGAGAGUAUUACCAAGCUGCUGCAUAUGGAGGAUAAGGGACAAGUUCCCAGAUCAGUUUGGACAAUACACAGGAUUCAAGGAUGACCCAUUGCAAUGAAAAUAAAAUGUCCUUUCCUUUCAAUUAAUCCACUUUUAGAUUUUUUAUUACUAUAUUUUUUACUGCCAGACGUGUUAAUGUCACUGGCAAUUGCAGCAACUAAGUCAUUAUUUGACAGUAUCAGUUAUAUCAUUUACAAUUAAAGUUUUCUCCAUAGUUUCACUUUUAUUUCAUCAUAAAUUGGGAAAUACAUGGGCCAACUAUUGUUUUAAAAUGCCACAAUCCAAGUACAGGUAUAUCAGAGAUGCAACAUUGCAUAUUGAUUAACACAGAAAAGUCAUUAAUAUGGUUCGUAAUAUAUUCAUAAUUUAUUCAAGAUUAAACACUGGUCCAGCUAAGUAAAUAUGGAAGGAACUGCCUUCAAAUGACCAUGUUUCCAUCUAAGCAAAUAUGGAAGGA